AUGGACUUUAAAACCAGCAUCUCUCUGCUUCUCCUGCUGCUCCUGGGCUGCUGCAAAGCUCACGAUGAAAAUGAUCUUGGUGCUGAUAAUGACACCUCAGUGGACAUGUCUGACACGGAGGACAUUACCGCAACUAUUCUAAGAAUGAACAAUGGCUCUACUGAUUUUCUGAUGGAAGGAGAUGUGAUGAUCCCAAGGACUAGAAACGCUAUGAAGUGUUACUCAAAAAAAUACUCCUGUCUGUGGCCAAAGUCUACCAACGGGAACGUGGUGAUCCCUUUCCUUAUAAGCGGAAAAUACUACGGCUCUGAGAAGAGAGAGAUUCUGAACGCCCUGCAGGACUUUGAACGGAGAACCUGCAUUCGCUUUGUCACACGUACUAGGCAGAGAGCGUACUUGAGUUUUGAACCAAGAAAUGGCUGCGCCUCUUUACUGGGUACUGUUGGAGACAAGCAGGUGGUGUCACUGCAGAGGUCCGGCUGCAUCCAACGCGGCAUCAUCCAGCACGAGGUCCUGCACGCGCUCGGCUUCUACCACGAGCACACUCGCAGCGACCGCGACCAGUACGUCAAAAUCAACUGGGAGAACAUAGACAAGUAUAAUUUUAUCAACUUUCGAAAGAUGGACACGGACAACCUCAACACUCCAUAUGACUACACCUCUGUGAUGCACUAUGGAAGAACUGCCUUUGGAAGAAGAGCGGAAACCAUCACCCCAAUCCCCAAUAGAUCUGUUGCCAUCGGCCAGAGAAGCGGCAUGUCCCGCAUCGACAUUCUGAGGAUCAACAGGCUCUACAGGUGCUGA